CUUCUUUAAUAUGUUACUUUCAACUUAGUUUAGUGCAAACAUUCCCCGGUAUUACAUGCGAAGAAAACUUCUAUAACUCGUUUACUUUCGUGUUAAAUUACAGACAAGUUCUCACAUAAUGUUUAAAUUAUAUAGUCAUUCGAAAGUGUCACUUUUGAUUAAGUAAUAUAAAUAGACCGAAGGUGUAUAGAAUCCUGGAAACUCGAUAGGAGUAACACAUCUGCCGCUGCAAGUGUUCAUCGGCUACGGUGACCACUUAUCAUCAGACAUACCAGUUGUUAGUGUGGGCGCGCGGCGGGUGGCGGGUGCGGCGACAGCGGCGGCGCGGCAGUAGCGGCAGCAUGGGCGGCGCGCGCAGCCUGGCGCUGCUGCUACUAGCGACGCUGCUGGCGGCUGCCGGCCCCGUGCCUGACCUGCCUGCGUCUCCCCGGACACGUGCUGCCCGCGCGAGCUGGGAGGUGUCGCCGAGCCCACCCGGCGUAGAGAGCGUGGGCGUGCCGCUGGACGCGCUGGAGGGCGCGCUGGACACGCCUGACGCGCUAGACGCGGCGCUGGGCGCGGAGGAGGCGCCAGCGUGGCGCGAGCUGUGGUACGCCUCGCUGGAGGCGCGACGGCGGCAGCCCGUGCUCAACGCCUCGCGCGAAGACGUGCUGGCGCAGCUCGGCGCCACCGCCUUCCUGCACUGCCCCGUGCGGCACCUCGGCGAGCGUGGCAUCUCGUGGGUGCGGAGACGGGACUGGCACAUCAUCAGCUCCGGCUUGUUCAUGUAUACGAACGACGAGCGCUUCCAGGUGUUACAUAGCGAGGGUUCAGACGACUGGACGCUGCAGAUCAAGUUCGUGCAGAAGCGCGACAACGGCACGUACGAGUGCCAGGUGUCCACCGCGCAGGGCCCGCUGUCGCGGCUCGUCGCCCUGCACGUGCUCGUGCCCGAGGCCUUUAUCCUCGGCGCUGACGAGCACCACGUGGACGCCGGCUCUACCAUAAGCCUCGUGUGCAUCAUAGAGAAGGUACACUCCGGGUGUCGCCGGCAGGGUGCGCAGUCGCGGCUGAUCGUCAUGCACGUGCUUCUGUCCGAGGCCUUUAUCCGUCUCGUGGACGCCGGCUCAACCAUCAGCCUUUUGUGCAUCAUAGAGAAGAGCCCAGUGCCGCCGCAGUACGUGUUCUGGUACCACAACGAGCGCAUGAUCAACUACGACGCGUCGCGCGGCGUGGCCGUGGCGACGGCGCCGGGCGCGCGCACGCAGUCCGCGCUCACCAUCCGCGACGCCGCGCCGCGCCACUCCGGCAACUACUCCUGCCGCGCGCCCAACACCGAGCCCGCCGCCAUCUACGUCUACGUCUCUGAAGGCAGUGAGUCAACAAGGCAGUUCUUAUGUCUACAUUUUCAUGUAAAUUACAAUUUUUCCUUCUUCUUUGUCGUUUUACUCUUCUUCUACGAGCUUCACAACACGUAGCCAGCAACCUGGUUCUAUUUUCCUCUUCUUCUUUCUCGCGUUGUCCCGGCAUUAUGCCACGGCUCAUGGGAGCCUGGGGUCCGCACUUGACAACUAGUCCCGAGAAUUGGCGUAGGCACUAGUUUUUACGAAAGCGACUGCCAUUUGACCUACCAACCCAGUUUCCUCACGAUGUCGCUUUUCGCGACUGGUAAAUAUCAAAUGAUAUUUGUUACAAAAGAUCCGAAAAACUCAUUGGUACGAGCCGGGGUUUGAAUUGAACCCGCGACCCGCGGUUUGCAAGUCGCACGCUCUUACCUCUAGGCCACCAGCGCUGUCAACCUGGUUCUAUUUUCCAUUAAAAAUUAUUUCUAGUUUUACAUUUAUGUAAAAUGUAUAAUUGUUGUUGCAAUAAAGAAUAUUUACUUACUUACUUAAGUUCUUCCAAAUGAACCCCAAUUGAUUACUAAACUAGGCUUUGAAA